ACUCAAGUCCUGACUAUCAGGAGACGCGUGAUAAGUCUAUAAAAGGGGUGCAAAGAGGGGUUAUUUUUUUGUAUUGAAGUAAGUAAUGUUGAGAUAUGGUCAACCGGCUGCACAUAACCCCCAAAGACUACGUCAAGUUGGAAUCUUUUCAUGGGCGCGUGUCCAUCUCCUCGGUAAAUUGGCUGCGGAGCUGCGAGUUUUUUUUGAUGGACUCCUCAGUCAUUAACGGGCUGAAUGUGAAUUCAUGCCAAGAUCCAGCCACUCCAGGAUAUACAUAAAGCGCGCAGAGUCGGGAUGGAUUCGUUUAACGCCAGCGGAAUGGACGCGUUCACGGUGAUCCAUCUGAAUUCCUCUUGGAGUCUGGACAGUGGAUAUUCUUUAGCAGCGAUAGCCAGCAUUGCCGCUCUUGUAAGUUUUCUCAUUCUCUUUACCGUUGUUGGGAAUAUUCUGGUGGUUAUUGCGGUGUUGACGAGCAGGGCGCUGAAAGCCCCACAGAACCUGUUUCUGGUGUCUCUGGCCACCGCGGACAUCCUGGUCGCCACUUUGGUGAUGCCGUUUUCUCUGGCGAAUGAACUUAUGGGCUACUGGUAUUUUGGAAAAGUUUGGUGCGGCAUUUAUCUGGCUUUGGAUGUUUUGUUCUGCACUUCGUCUAUUGUUCAUCUGUGCGCAAUAAGCCUGGACCGCUACUGGUCCGUUACGCAGGCUGUAGAGUACAACCUGAAGCGGACUCCCAAACGCGUCAAGUGCAUCAUCUUAAUUGUGUGGCUUAUAUCUGCUUUCAUCUCAUCUCCGCCGCUCAUAUCUAUAGACAGCAACAAGGAUAUCAGCUCUCAGCCUCAGUGCGAGCUGAAUGAUGACACUUGGUACAUCCUCUCCUCCAGCAUGGCGUCCUUCUUCGCUCCGUGCUUAAUCAUGGUGCUGGUGUAUAUCAGAAUAUACCAGGUGGCCAAAACCAGAACCAGAACCAUGUCGGGAAAGAAUCUGAGGCCAGAUGGUGCUACACAAACUGAGAAUGGACUGAGCAAAGCCACCUCCCCUUUCCAUGGCGAGAGAGAGAACGGCCACUGUCAGUGCCCACCUACGCCCAGCCAACGCACUGUCACUAUCGGGCAACAGACUGAGGAUGGUGACAUAGAGGAGAGUUCCUCCUCAGAGGGCAAAGGUCACAAAGCCCAGCAGGAGGACUCCCUGAAAGCCAAGAGGGCCAGUCAAAAGAAAAUCUCCCUCUCCAAACAGUCCACUCGCAUCUCAAGAGUCAGUAACAAAUCCAUGGACCUCUUCGCCUCCAGGAGGAAACGUCGUCGGAGCUCCUUAGCCAGGAAAAAGGUCUCUCAAGCCAGGGAAAAGAGGUUUACAUUUGUGUUGGCUGUGGUCAUGGGGGUGUUUGUUGUGUGCUGGUUCCCCUUUUUCUUCAGCUACAGCCUAUACGGUGUGUGCAGGGAGCCCUGUAAGAUCCCAGAGCCGCUCUUUACAUUCUUCUUCUGGAUUGGCUAUUGUAACAGCUCCCUCAACCCUGCCAUCUACACCAUCUUUAACAGGGACUUCAGACGCGCCUUCCAGAAGAUCCUCUGCAAGUCGUGGGGAAAGUCCUUUUAAGUUGUGGAGCAGAACUGCUGCAUAAACCGUGACAAUCUUUAAGGAAAUAGCAAAGUGAAAAAAAAAACCAAGCCUGUUUUGUCUAUUACUGCCACUCGUUGCUCACUGUUAAGUCUCAUUGUCCUGUUGUAAUUCAGUCACGGUAGUGCACGCCACCAACCGCCUACUGGGUGUCUCCACAAGUUUUAACAUGCAGUGUGUUUCCAUUACAGGCUUUCCCAGUCUCAUUAGUGAGCACCACCAUUCCUUUCUUCCUACUGAAGUGUGCUGUAAUGCUUUAUAGUGUAUCAUUGACCAAGCUCUUUAUACAUCCACAAAAGAUGCACACAUGGCUGGAUUUAACUGGCCCAGGGCGAAAAUUAGCUUGAGAGCCCCCUUAACCGCACUUAUUUGCUCCUAUUUACUCUGUGGAAUGUGUACAAUUAUUCAUUUUUAACAUUUUUGUGCUGGAAUAUUACUCGGCCACAGAUUUGCUGUCUGGUUAAGAGAGGCCUAAUAAUUUGGGAAUAUGCAACGUACAGUACAGAAGCACACAAACUGAGAUAAUGAAGGUUUUAAAACGUCAUUUUGUCACAAGGAUCCUUUUCCUGACGAGGCCUUAACUGAAUAGUUGACAUUUUGGGGGGAAAAAAAUGCUUAUUUGUUUUAUUGCCGCAAGCUAGGUGAGGAGAUCGAUACCAAUGUCAAACUAUUACCUUGUAGAUUAGGUGAUAGAACCAAUCGAAAAGGCCCCUUAUCGUGUCAAUGUUGUGCUUCUCACACACACACACACACACACACACACACCUCUCUUUCACGCUUGUUUACAUGUGACCUCUCCUCAGAUGCUUAAUAUGUCUACGAGUCCUUAGCAGUUCAACCUAAGCGAUUUUACUUUCUCUAAUUAUUUAAUUUAAAUAUUGUUGACUUAAACUAUCUAGUAUUUUACAGAAAAAGGGAGAGAGAGAGAGAAUCAUUAAGUAUACAUGAAUAUAUGACACCUUUGGGGGGUCUGACCGCUGACUGUGGAUACAAUUUAACCAUGUACUUUCUUUUUUGUCUGUUUGCCAUGAUGAUGUUGGCCAUGUCAGCUUUUACAUCUUUUGUUGAGUGUCUAUGCUGUAAAAACUGAGUGAGAGCCUGGUAAAUUAGCCGUGUUCUUCAAGUUCCCGGUGCUUCGAGUGCAUCCGUGAUUGACAGCACAGCUGACGAACGACAAAAGCACAAAUUCAGUCUAAAUCCCCACAAAGUCUGUGUUCUGAUCUCUGACUGGACCUUGAAGAUUUGAGAAGGGCUGACACUCCAGACGAUAAGCUAAUUAUUUGUAUGACGUUUAUUUUCACAGUGGCCAUAAACGACGGAGUAUUAGGGAAUAAAAAUGCAUUUAUUCUUUCAAGAAACUACCUCUCUGUUUGUAUAGUUUCUGUUGUUUGUUUUCAGGUUUACAGUUUUCAAAGUGCAGUGCACAUCUUUCCUCUGCUUAAACUGUCUGCUGUCUUGCAAAAAAAUAAAACAUGAAUGAGUCUUAUGUGCA